CUAUAAAUAUUAGCCUCCCUUUGAGGUCACCACCAAAUCACACUCACCUCCUCUCUCUCUACGAUGGCCACAGUGGUGUUGUUGGUUCUACUAAUUGUGUUUCUCGUCUUGUUCAUUAGAGUUGCUUAUCAAAAUAUAACUUGUUACUUGAUCACACCAAGAAGCAUCAAGAAAAUCAUGGAAAAGCAAGGAGUGUAUGGCCCAAAACCCCGGUUUCUUGUCGGGAACAUCUUGGACAUGGCUUCCCUCGUCUCCAAAUCCACCUCCAAAGACAUGGACACCAUCAACCAUGACAUCGUUGGCCGUCUCUUGCCCCAUUUCCUCACCUGGUCCAAACAAUAUGGAAAGAGAUUUAUAUUUUGGAAUGGAAUCGAGCCAAGAAUGUGUAUAACGGAGACCGAGCACAUCAAAGAGCUUCUAUCAAAGUACAGCACAAAAGCUGGUAAAUCAUGGCUGCAACAACAAGGAUCAAAGCAUUUCAUCGGCCGGGGGCUACUAAUGGCCAACGGCGAUGAUUGGCAUCACCAGCGACAUAUCGUCGCACCCGCUUUCACGGGAGACAAACUCAAGGGGUAUGGGGGACACAUGGUGGACUGCACUAAGCAUAUGCUCCAAUCACUGCAAAAUGCACUUGAGUUGGGUCAGACUGAGUUCGAGAUUGGUGAGUACAUGACUCGACUCACGGCGGACAUCAUUUCACGAACCGAGUUUGAUUGUAGCUAUGAGAAGGGGCAGCAAAUAUUCCAUUUGCUCACAGUUUUGCAAAACCUUUGUGCUCAAUCUAGCCGGCACUUGUGGUUUCCCGGAAGCCGGUUUUUUCCAAGUAAAUACAACAGAGAAAUAAAAUCACUGAAGAUGGAGGUAGAGAGAUUGCUAAUGGAGAUUAUCCAGAGCCGAAGGGACUGUGUAGAGAUCGGACGAAGCAGCUCAUACGGGAACGAUUUGCUCGGAAUGCUUCUAAAUGAGAUGCAAAAAAAGAAAGGAAAUAUUGGGUUUAGCAUAAACUUGCAAUUAAUCAUGGAUGAAUGCAAAACAUUCUUCUUCGCUGGACACGAAACCACCGCUCUCUUGCUGACGUGGACAGUUAUGCUUCUCGCGAGCAAUCCUGAGUGGCAAGAUAAGGUUCGUGCCGAGGUGAAAGAGGUCUGCAAUGGUGGUGAAUUCUCCAUUGAUCAUCUCUCCAAACUCUCCUCGUUAAACAUGGUGAUUAAUGAAUCUCUAAGGCUAUACCCACCGGCUUCUGUUCUUCCCCGAAUCGCAUUUGAAGACAUCAAGCUAGGUGACCUCCAUAUCCCAAAGGGUCUAUCAAUGUGGAUUCCAGUUCUAGCCAUUCACCACAGUGAAGAACUAUGGGGAAAAGAUGUCAAUGAAUUCAAUCCCGACCGGUUCGCAUCCAAAUCAUACACUCCCGGCCGGUUUAUCCCUUUCGCUGCCGGUCCCCGAAAUUGUGUGGGCCAGUCUUUUGCCAUGAUGGAAGCUAAGAUCAUAUUAGCCAUGUUGAUAACCAAAUUUAGCUUCACAAUUUCAGAUAGUUAUCGCCACGCCCCGGUCAUAAUCCUCACCAUAAAACCCAAAUAUGGAGUUCAAGUUUGUUUGAAGUCCUUGGAUCCAUGAAAAAAUGUACAUUGGUUGAGGUUGAUUUUUGUUUUUUUUUUUUUUUUUUUUUUUUGGGGGGGGGGGGGUGGCUUUUGAUGAGGGAGUUUUGGGAUUAGGCUUACUAUUCUUUUGUAUUUUAAUUUUUUUAUUUUUUGAAAUCAUUGUAAAGAGAUAGAGAUGAUGUUUGAUUUUAAAGAAAGGAUACUAAUGAGAAUCGACUGAUUGUCACUA